AUGAAGACGCCAAGGGCUUGGAGUUCUCCUACCGUGACGUAUGUGCCAAGCAGCAGCACAGAAUCAUCCUCCAAAUCACCAUCUGAAUCGUCAUAUGAAGCAUCAUCUGAAGCGUCAUCUGAAUCAUCAUCCAAAACAUCAUAUGAAGCAUCAUCCGAAGCGUCAUAUGAAUCAUCAUCCGAAUCAUCAUCCAAAUCACCAUCUGAAUCAUCAUAUGAAGCAUCAUCUGAAGCUUCAUCUGAAUCAUCAUCCGAAUCAUCAUCCAAAUCACCAUCUGAAUCAUCAUAUGAAGCAUCAUCUGAAGCUUCAUCCGAAUCAUCAUCAGAAACAUCAUCAGACUGUUCUCGUGAAAACUGUUCCCGUGAAAAAAGUGAAGAGGAUGAUGAGAAGGAGAAUGAAGAUAACGACGAGAAAGAUAAUAAUGAUUCUCCAUCUGUUAGGGCAACAUGUCCCAAAAAUGGAAAAGGGAACUGCCCAGGCUCUGCAAUCAAUCCUGACCCUGCAUCAGCACCAGCAGCCACUCCUCAGCCUGAAGCCGCAAAGAAAAAGACUUCAUGCAGCAAGUCAGACGGGCAGAGGAAGAAACCCAAGGAGACAAAAACAGAGCUCCUCCUAGAGAAACUGCGCAGCCUUUUGAGUGUGGGAGAUCCUAAGCAGAAAUACAUGCUGUUGGCAAAAAUUGGUAAAGGGGCAUCGGGAAGAGUUUAUCGUGCACGUGAAUAUGACACAGGACGAGAGGUGGCCAUAAAGCAAUUGAAAUUCCUAACCACGCCAGUAAAACGUUUACUAAGAGAAAUCCUGAUCCCGAAGGAGAAUAAGCAUCCCAACAUUGUGAACUAUUUAGAGAGCUACGGAGUCAAUUCUCACCUCUGGGUGGUGAUGGAAUACAUGUCUGGAGGCUCUCUGGCUGGCCUCGUUCAUAAUGUGCGUAUGCAUGAAAGACAGAUAGCAGUUGUCUGCAGGGAGUGCCUGCAAGGCCUGGCUUUCCUUCACUCAAACCAAGUGAUCCACAGAGACAUCAAAAGUGACAAUAUCCUCCUUGGAAUGGAUGGAUCUGUCAAGCUGGCUGAUUUUGGCUUGUCUACUCAUACCACCCCUAAGAAGAGUAGGAGGACAUCAAUGGUCGGGACUCCUUACUGGAUGGCACCGGAAGUGGCAAGAGAAGAACCAUACGGCCCUAAAGUGGACAUCUGGUCACUUGGCAUCACGGCAAUAGAAAUGGUGGAAGGAGAACCUCCUUACUUUGACCAACGUCCUCACAAGGCGAUAAAACUGAUAGCCCAGAACAGAACACCAAAGCUGAAGAACCCCGGGAAACAUUCCCUGCUGUUGUGUGACUUUCUGAACUGCUGCCUGGAGGUGGAUGAGAACAGGCGAUGGUCAGCUGAGCAGCUUCUGGAGCAUCCAUUUUUACAAUCAGCCAAGUCGCUCUCCAGUCUGACUCCUCUCAUCAUGGCGGCAAAGCAACUGAAUGAGAAG